AUGGCGAACAAAGUGCUCAUGACCUUCGUGGUCGCCGACAUCGUCUUCGUCAUCACCGGCGCUCUGCUUCUGGGUUUCACCCUCAUCAACCAGAACCUCAUCAAGGAGGCGCCCACGGAAGGAACCGAGGCUGUUAUGCGCUUGCUCACGGCUCAAUUCCCACUGACAGCCGGUAUUGCCAAUGCCGUUUUCAUCUUCGUCACCUUCCUCUCCACCAUCCCCGGCAUGAUCACGCCGACUCGUGGCUGGCUCAAGAUCUCGGGCUACCUGACCACCUUCUGCGGUCUCUUCAGUCUGAUUCUUGGUGUUUACCUCUGGGUUCUCACUCUCACCACCAAGAACGACUUUGGCAAGACGUGGAACGUCCAGGACCCUCGUGUUCAGGAGCUCAUGCAGACUGCUUUUAAAUGCUGCGGAUACUUCAACAGCACUUCGCCCGCCUUCGUCACCGACGCCCAGUGCCCGAGUCCCGCCGCCGCCGCCCUGCAACGCGGCUGCGCAACCCCGAUUACGAGUUUCGCCAACAUCUUCGUCGACAACAUCUUCACUGCCGUCUUCGGUAUGGUCGGUAUCGACGCCAUGCUCAUUGUCACCAUCGCCAUGCUGCUCAAGGAUCGCAAGGAGCGCGAACGUUACCGCCACAUUGACGAGAAGGCUGGUUACCGCGGUUUCUAA